GUUCCAGUUUAUAAGACAAAGCCCACACCACUUCUCAACAUUUCUAGAAAAACCUCGUAACUUAAAACACCCGACAGAAUCCACAAUGGGGCGGAGCAACGGCGGCAGCAGGUGGGCCAUGGUGGUGGCUUUGGCAUUCUGCGCCACAUUAGUCAUUUUGCUACCGGAAGUUUCCGCCAAAAGGUUCAUCGUCGGAGGAAAUAUGGGCUGGACUUCCAAUGUUAACUACACUCUUUGGGCCGGAAACCAAACAUUCUACUUCGGUGACUGGCUUUUUUUCGUGUACGACAGAAACCAGAACGAUGUAAUUGAAGUGAACCAGACCAACUAUGAAACCUGCAAUGCCGAGCAUCCAAUUCACAAUUACACAACAGGAGCCGGAAGAGACGUAGUGGCACUCAAUGUCACCCAUGACCGCUACUUCAUUAGUAGCAAAGGGGCGUGCUACGGUGGCAUGAAACUUCACGUACAUCUCAGUCCGCUACCACCACCACCAAAAUCCGCGCCUGCAAAGAGUCACUCUUCAAGAUUCACCGUCCUUAGAAGCCAGCUCGUGAUCCCUGCUGUCCUCGCUGUUGCCGCAAUAUGGGACUCGCUACUUCUUCGUGUUUGAUGCAAAGUUCAUUUUGAUGGCAGAUAGGUGUGGUACAUUGGUGCUUGUUGUAUUGGGUUUUUUGAUCUUUUUUCAUUGGGUGUUGAAUUUGUUUUUUGUUCUUCAUCAUAGUUUGACCAAAAUUUUAUUUAUGGGUAUGAUUGUGUUGGGUAGACGAUGUAAUUGAACAUUGAUUUUAUAUAUUCGAUUAUUAAUUUAUUCAA